CAAACAAUCUCUUUUCUUCACAGUCAGUCGCCAGUCGAUGGGAAAAAAGUUGCUGAUGUACCAACAAAACGAAGCGAAGUUUUUCAUCGUACCCGUGUUUGAUUGAAAAAGCCUAAAAGUGAUUUUCCCGUUUUCGAAACCAAUCGAAGCGGAUUCAAACGCGUGAAUUUGGCAUUUAUUGGCUAUCUCCAGGCAUUUUUAACCACGCUCAGGCACCCCAACCCGAGUGUUGAGAGUGCAUUUCGUUCGAUUAUCAACCGGAAGGGAGCUGCAGCGAAGUUUAGUGGCUGGUGUUUCGGGGGCGUAUAUUGUGAAAACAAUAUAUUCGAUUUAUUUUUUCCUCUUCACGCGUCCAUUCCUCACUACACGUACGACCUUCGACAUUGCACUGCUUUACGCAAAGCAUUUUUCUAUUAUUAUUUUCUGAAGUGAGUGAAGGAAUUUCACUUAUUCUACUCUGCCUCUUGUGUGUAUGCAGUAAAGGUUUGAUAAUUCUGGUAAGAAUUUACCCGAGAAGCGUUCUGAUAACAAGCAUAGUAAAGGAGUGUACCAGAUAAAAAAGAAACAAAUUAAUCAUGGAGUACGAAAGCGUGGUACUGGUCAAGCAAGAAGUUUUCGUGUACAAGAUUCCUCCGAGGCAGAGCAACCGUGGCUACCGGGCAGCCGAUUGGAACCUGUCGGAGCCCACAUGGACCGGACGGUUGCGAAUGGUCUCCAAAGGCAAAACGCUGGCGCUGAAACUGGAGGAUAAAAAUAGUGGAGCGCUGUUUGCUAACUGUCCCAUCGAGUCUUAUCCCGGGGUAGCCAUUGAGUCUGUGUCCGAUAGCUCCCGGUACUUUGUGCUGCGGAUACAGGAUGACAAUGGACGAAACGCCUUCAUCGGAUUAGGUUUCGGAGACCGUUCGGAUUCCUUCGAUCUGAACGUUGCCCUGCAGGACCACUUCAAGUGGGUCAAGAACGAAGAACAGAUCGAGAAGGAAAAGGAAGAGCCUAAACAGCAACUAGAUCUCAGCUUCAAGGAGGGUGAAACCAUAAAAAUCAACAUGAAAAUUACGAAAAAGGACGGCUCCGAGGCAGCAUCCCGACCGGGAGGAGCGAAAAAAGCAGGUGGCUUGGGACUGCUGCCUCCUCCUCCAGGAGGUGCCCGGAUCGCUCCACCACCCUCGAAUGCAUCACCAUCUCAUCAACCUGCGGCUGGUACCGGAGGGCAAACCGAAUGGGGCGAAUUUACUUCCGCCGGAUCCAAACCACCACAAGCAACGACACCCAGCAAAACGAACGCCAAUUGGGUACAGUUUUAAAGAUUAUUCGGAAAGAAAGACGUCAGGAACCCCACUCACACUAGUUACUGUUCUAGCGAAAGCAGAGACAAACCACUGAAAUUGCGUUCUUGUAGAAUCCGUUUGCGUUUGAAAUCCACACAAACUCCUAUCAAAUUAAACCUACAAGAAUUGAACUUAUCUCAGUUAUGAGGAAAUGACUUAGAUUCAGAGCAUGUUUAAAUUUGUUUCUGAAAAUCUUAUUUUUGUGAACCAACUAAACGGGGGAAAUCCUAAAGCGUUCACUGUCCAACUAGCAAGAAAAAAGUGAAUCAACCAAGUGAACGUAAUUGUUGUACACACUCAUCCUAGACUUAUUCUUAACAUUUAAAGAUAAAAAAAAAUCAUGAUUGGAUCAUUUAAGCUAUAAAACCGAAAUAUGAAUGUGGAUAUUAUUCGUAUACAAAAAGCUCCUUAACCGAUCAGUUAAAGUUUUGUUUUGUCUGCCUAGCAAGAUUUUCCAUAAAUUCCAGUACUUUAACCCACAUUUAAGAAAAACCGUUAAACAUAAUUUUGGCAAUAGCAGUAAAAUGUAUUCAAAUAAAAUGCGAAACGAACCGAGUUAUUGUUAUGGAAAAGUUCGUUACCGGUAAUUGAGACAAACGAAUUUAGGAAUCCUCGAUGGGCUCGAUAUUUGCACAACUCGAGUUCGGUUGGUGCUGAUUGGUCGUUGAAAUACGCCGUGUUUUAAUAACGGUUUCUUGGACACACCACCAAACUGCUUAAAAUGGCUUACUGAAUCACUAUCUAAAUCAUAAAAAAAAACAGAUGCAACAACAGAACUAAAGAUUGAACGACACACACACACUAUAUACAACCGUUACAUAAAAUUAUAGUCAAACCCACAAUAUAUAUCUAUUCGAUGUAGGUGACCAUAUAUCAUGUGCAACAUGCAAACAGUGAAAAAAAGAAGAAAACACAACUUUAGAUCAAGCUUUGGAUAGCAAAACAAAAAUCUUGUGUGACGAACUUAAAGCAACCCUUGAGAAAACAAAAAAAAAACGCGAAACAAACAAAACGUAGAACGUAUAAAUUCCAUGUAGAGAAAAUGAGUUCACCGGGAAGCACCCGACGCUCAAAAACGAGACAAAACAAAUGUUAAAGAAAUAAAUUGAAAAAAAAAAACAAGAACGCUUGAUAAGAAAGAAAAAAGCAUUGAUAAUAGCAACAGAAACGUGAUUUCCUUUUUUCCAUGAGUUAGUUUGUUUUAAAUAUUAUAAUUUGAGAAAACAUAAAAAAAACGUUCCAGAGCAUUAUACAUAUAUUUUUAUGAUUGUGCAGUUAUUGUAGUUUCCGUUUUAUCCCAAUUGGGCGGGGAAGCAAAUUAUCAGAACGAUGUGUAUUUAUUUAAGCGCGGUUAGUAGCAGCAUGGUUUAGCGAAAUAAAAAUCUUAAAUGUAUCCCAGCUGAGAAAAGGCGACUUUUACGUUAUCGUUUCGCGUGCUGCGCACCGCACCGAUCAGAGUAGAGAAUCUAUUACUAGACAGGCAAAAUUAUUAUGCGUAUAUGUAACUAUUAAAGUGAUGAGUUUUAAUCUUUCGUUUCGUCGUGGAAAACAAUAGUGCGAGAAGGCAGGAAGGUUUAAAACAAACAAACAAACAAGAAUUCUAUGUAAGAAAUAUUAGUAUGAAUAAAUUAUCACGAAUUGUUCGUGUUGGAAACGA